CAUGGCUCGCCGGUCGUCCUCCUCCUCCUCGUCGGGGGCGUGGCGGUACCUGAACCCCGCCUACUACCUCAAGCGGCCCAAGCGCCUCGCGCUCCUCUUCUUCGUCUUCGUCGCCGCCACCUUCGCCUUCUGGGACCGCCAGUCGCUCGUCAGCGAGUACGAGUCUGAGAUUUCCCGAUUAGAGAAUGAAAUAAAUCAGUUGCAUGGUCAGUUAAGAAAGGCUGGGGUUCAUCUGGACGAAAAUCCAGUAAGUGGCGAAAUGCUCAGAAAAGAUCUUGCAGAAAUCGAUCCUAUUAAUACUGAAAGGAGGGAAAAGGUUAAGGAGGCUAUGCUCCAUGCCUGGAAUUCCUAUGUAAAGUAUGCAUGGGGCAUGGAUGAGCUUCAGCCGCAAUCAAAGAAUGGUGUUAAUAGCUUUGGUGGUCUUGGGGCAACACUUGUGGACUCGCUUGAUACACUCUAUAUAAUGGGCCUAAAAGAUGAGUUUCAGAAGGCCAGAGACUGGGUGGCAGAGUCAUUAAGCUUUGACAAGGAUUAUGACGCAAGUGUUUUUGAAACGACCAUAAGGGUUGUUGGAGGUCUCCUCAGUGCAUAUGAUAUGUCGGGUGACAAAGUUUUUCUUGAAAAGGCAAAGGAUAUUGCCGAUCGAUUGCUACCUGCCUGGGAUACAACAUCUGGCAUCCCAUUUAAUUCAAUCAACUUAGCUCAUGGCCGAGCCCAUAAUUUUGGAUGGACCAAUGGUGAUAGUAUCCUUGCAGAUUCUGGAACGGAGCAACUUGAAUUUAUAGCUUUGUCCCAGAGAACUGGUGAUCCCAAGUAUCAGCUGAAGGCAGAAAAUGUCAUCCGUCAGCUUCAGAAGAUAUAUCCAAGUGAUGGCUUACUGCCUAUCUACAUAAAUCCUCAUUCAGGAACAUCAUCAUACUCAACAAUAACAUUCGGUGCUAUGGGAGAUAGCUUCUACGAGUACCUGCUUAAGGUCUGGAUUCAGGGGAAUAAAACUGAGAGCGUAAAACACUACAGACAAAUGUGGGAAACAUCAAUGGAAGGUUUAAUAAGCUUGACCAAGAAAACUACACCCUCUAAUUAUUCAUACAUCUGCGAGAAGACUGGUGGCUCACUGUCUGACAAGAUGGAUGAACUUGCAUGUUUUGCCCCUGGUAUGCUGGCACUAGGAGCCUCUGGAUAUGGGCCUGAAAAAGCUAAACAAAUUAUGAAUCUUGCAGAAGAGCUUGCUCGAACUUGUUAUAACUUCUACCAAUCAACUCCCACGAAGUUGGCUGGAGAGAACUAUUAUUUCCAUCCUGGACAGGAUAUGAAUGUGGGCACAUCGUGGAAUAUUCUGAGACCAGAGACCGUUGAAUCACUUAUGUACCUUUGGCGCCUUACGGGGAACAAAACGUACCAAGAUUGGGGAUGGGACAUAUUCCAGGCAUUUGAGAAGAACUCGCGCAUAGAAUCUGGAUAUGUGGGAUUGAGAGAUGUGAACAGUGGUGAAAAGGACGACAAGAUGCAGAGCUUCUUCCUAGCAGAGACGCUCAAGUACCUCUAUCUGCUGUUCUCCCCUCCGUCAGUCAUAUCCUUCGAUGAGUGGGUCUUCAACACCGAGGCUCACCCAUUGAGAAUUGCGCCCGUACAUGAUAGCAAAGGCCAUUCAACUGACAUUGCAACGCCAGUGGUCCGACCGUUCGGGAGGAAACAAGGGAAACAGGGGUAAGCCUGAAUAGUAGAGCAGCGGAUUUUGACAUGCCAUGUGAUUUUGACCUGCCUGGUAAAGAAUGUUAGAUUAAGAGGGGAACUGUUUCCUGGAGUGGCAAGGGUUGCAAAUCUCGGCAUUAGGCAAUUUAGGCUACAAAACCAUAGAUAGAGCACGAUGAGAUAAUCUUGGGGCAUACUGGUCCGUUGGGGGUGAAAUUGAGGUUCAGCGGCCCCACGGAACAUUUCAUCUUUGAACUUGCUUACACUCCCCGCGUUAUUGAUUUGCAACAUACAUGUAUCUUAGUGUCAAUAUGUUGUUGCUUGCCUAGGGCUCUGUGGAGUUGUAUCCUCAUUAUUUUGGUUAUAUGAUAUAUAAAAACAGGCUGCGUUUCCUUUCAA